AUGGCUCUGCAGAUGUCCUGGCAACCUAAUCUCCUCCCUCACAAACGCAAAACCGCUCCUCCCAUAGGUCUCCGUAACCUCGGCAACUCCUGCUACCUCAAUAGCGUUCUUCAGUGCCUCACUUUCACUCCUCCUCUCGCCAAUUUCUCUCUUCGUUCUCAACAUUCAUCUCUCUGUGAUUCUUCCGGUUCUUCGUGUCCGUUCUGCAUACUCGAGAAACAAAUUGCUCGGUUACUCCGUGUGGAUCUCACAUCCGACGCUCCUUCAAAGAUCCAAAGCUGUUUACGUCUCUUUGCUGAGCACUUCCGUUGCGGUCGUCAAGAGGAUGCUCAUGAGUUUCUUCGUUAUGUUAUUGAUGCUUGUCAUAACUCGUGUCUUCGUUUGAAGAAGCUUAGGAAGAAAGGAGGUGGUGGAGGUGGAGGUGGAGGUGACGGCGGUGCUUCUGUUGUGAGGGAGAUUUUUGGUGGUGCUUUGCAGAGUCAGGUUAAGUGUUUAAGUUGUGGAUACGAAUCAAAUAAGGUUGAUGAGAUGAUGGAUAUUAGUUUAGAUGUUUUUCAUAGUAAUUCGCUUAGGGAUUCUAUGCUGAAGUUUUUUCAGCCUGAGGUUUUAGAUGGAAACAAUAAGUACAAAUGUGACGGUUGUAAGAAGUUGGUGACGGCUAAGAAGCAGAUGUCUAUACUUCAAGCACCUAAUGUACUUGUGAUACAGCUCAAGAGAUUUGAGGGCAUAUUGGGUGGCAAGAUUGAUAAGACUGUUGGAUUUGAAGAGGUUUUGGUGCUUUCUAGCUUCAUGUGCAAAGCAAGCCAGGAUCCACAACCAGAAUAUAAGCUCUUCGGUACUAUUGUGCAUUCAGGAUACUCACCGGAAUCUGGUCACUAUUACGCUUAUGUAAAGGAUGCAAUGGGUCGGUGGUAUUGCUGUGAUGAUUCUUGUGUAACACUUGCAACCCUGCAGGAAGUUUUGUCUGAAAAGGUUUAUAUCCUCUUUUUCUCUCGAACUAACCCAAGGCCAGCAUCAGUCAGUAGUUCUCUUGCAUCUAAUGGUGUAAAGCCCCAUCAUUCCAAUGGGAGUCAAAAAUCUGAAUCUUCUAAGGUUGAUGUACAACUCAAAACAGCGCAAGCAAAAUCAAAUUCUGAUCAAUCUUCUUGGAAAGAUAUGCCGGGUGUAUCUAAGAUUGGUAAAGUUCCUUCUGGCUUACGAGUGAAGUUUGACAUUAAUGGUAGUUCAAUUUCCAAAAGAAGUCCUGCCCAUGUAAGUGUCAAUGGGAAAGUUGACAUGUUUAGUAGUCAGCCGUUACCAACAAAUGGGCAUGCAAAAGAAUUAGUUUCUAUGGAAAAUGGUAGGAAAGAUCCUUCUUCAUCAUUACCCACCAUGAAUGGCUUUGCCAAAAAUAAAGUUGAUGUUGCUAACAACUCGAUUAGAAAGGAGUCGACAGUAACAAAUGGAUACACUGGUAUUCAGACGGUUGAUACUGAUUAUGUAAAACCACAUCCUCCUGAAGAUAUCGAUAGAAGCAAAGUAAUAUCAGGUACAGGGCCUGGCAACUUUAAGCGAGAAAGUAACGGUGUCAUCAACAAAUCUAAAAUGUUAGGGAAUAAGAGAAAAGUACAUGAGGCUCCAUGCAAUUUGCUUGCACAUGAUGAUCAGUCUCGUGCCAGAGUUGAAGAACUGAAAGACAGUCUUGGGAAAGAAGCAAAGUCAGUUUUGAGGAUAUGUGGCUGGGCAGAUAAGGUUGAUGAGUAUAUGAGAAAAUGGUUGCAAGAAAAAGCAGAGAAUUUAACGAGUGAUGUUAAAGGGAAGUUAAUACAAGAUGCCCGUAGUGCUUUCACAUCACAGGUUCCCGGGACCUUGAUCAAAACACGCAUGUUGAUCUGUCUUGCUAGUGAAACCUGUCCUGGCGAUUGUGGCAGAUGUGGAGACUAUCAUUCAAGUCUUCCUCACAGUGGCUUUGUAAUGAAUUUCUUAGGUGAUCCAUGCAUAUUUAAUGUAGAAGUUCAAAUAUCAUGUCUUGCCAUACGUUCUCUUUCUCCCUGGAGGGUACGAAGUUUUAUUUGA